AUGUCGGGGCUUCGGGUUGGCUCCGGUCAACCACAGCCGCCCAGGAACAUUGAACAGAUCACAAAGACGGCGCAAGAUUACGACUACGAUGCUUCGAUAAGUCUGCGGCGUUGGCUUCAGACGGCAGCGACCUUGGUGCGAGAGGCCGAAAUCUAUCAACGUGAUGGCGACGAUGAGAUGACUUACUUCCUCCUCUUUAGGCAUGCCCACCUCGUACUGGCCAAUCUACAGUCGCACCCCCAUGUCAAAGAUGCUGCGACGCGAGAUGCGUGGAAGCAGGCGAACGGAGCUGUGUCACAAGAAUUGGAGCUGCUCGAGCAUCUGAAGCCAAAGAUCAAUGAAAGGUACACUCGAUACCAGACAUUCCUUCAAGAAAGAGAACUCAGGGCGCGAGCACAGCAGAGGCGCACGUCACAAGAUGCUGCGCGGAAUCACGAGACAGACCACUUCGAGCGACCACGGACACGGCAGGUCAAUGCACACGAGCACAAGGAACUCGCGGCCAAACUAGCACAGCGAGAGCAUUCUCGCCGCGCAGCCACCGUCAUCGCACCACGGUCCGAUGGCGAUGACCUUCAGCGUCGACUGCAGGACAUCAGAUCCCGGGUCGACAGCUCAAGUCAGGGACCUGGUGCUGUUCCUGCUCCGCAACUUCCGAGACAGGACUCCAGCUAUCAAUACCCUUCCGUGCCUUCGAAGAGGGGACGACAAACCUACACAUAUCACCAGCAGCCACAGGCCUUUGAUCACCGACAGCCAGGCGUCUUGCCACCUGCACUUCCUCCCAAACCCGCGCUGGCCGCAAUAUCGACCUCGGCUGCAGCGCCUCGACCGCCAAGACCCGACAAGGUGCUCGACAGCCCGAUAGAUCCGCCCUCCAGAACAAGCACGCCAGGAGAGGAUCGCAUGUUCGCGUCAGCAGCGACCCUCGAAAAUGGAACAGCACUGCGAACAAUAUUCCUGCCUUCAACACUUCGGACCACGUUUCUGCGCAUAGCCCACAAGAACACGUUGGCUAACCUGGAGACCUGUGGCUUCCUAGCGGGAACGCUGAUGAAGAAUGCCUACUUCGUCAGUAAACUCGUGAUACCAUCACAGACAGCUACCUCAGAUAUGUGCGAAAUGACGAACGAAUCUCAACUGUUCGAUAACGUGGACGAGGCUGGACUGAUGAUUCUAGGCUGGAUCCACACGCAUCCGAGUCAGACAUGCUUCAUGAGCAGUCGGGACCUGCACACGCACUCUGGCUAUCAGAUGAUGUUGGCUGAAAGCAUAGCCAUUGUGUGCGCCCCAAGCAAAGGAGAUACAUCCCACGGCGGCGACUAUGGAAUCUUCAGACUCACUGAUCCACCUGGGAAGAAAGUCAUCCUCGCGUGUGACAAGCCCGGGAUCUUUCACCCUCAUGAGGUGGAUAACAUCUACACCGAUGCUCUUCGACCCGGUCACGUUGUCGAAGUCCAAGACAUGCCAUUUGAUGUGGCCGACCUGCGGUAG